AAGCAAGCACUAACCUCUCGUUUUCUUUCAUCUCGACGUCGUCGUCGUCGGCAGAUGAACAAAAAAAAUUUUCCAGUGUCUUAAAGUCUUGUCAGUCGUAAAAUUUUAUCUAAAUUUAAAUCUUAACAUUAAUUCAAAUUAACAACACAGUAAUUGCCAGACGUCAGCUGUAAUUUCCGUAAAGGUUUUGUAAAAUAAAUAUACAUAUAUAUAUAUACUUAUAUAUAUGUAUAUAGAUACAUAUAUAUUUAUUAAGUAUUAAAAAAAAUGGCAACAAAUAAUGUCAUCACCGAGUCGCAAUAUUUUCACGAGGACAUCGUCUACAGAGUCGACAAAAAAGGUAACGUCGAGUUUGGGAUUGUCAUGGAGAAUGAUGACCAGGACAUGUCAGAGGAGAGUGAGGACAGCGAGGGUGGUCCUAAACGCAAGAAAGGGGAAAUUAGGGUCGUCUGGCACCCGUCAGGUAUCAAGGAACUCAUCAACUCAAAAAAGGUUCAUUUAGCAGACAGAUCUCUGAUGCCCGGUGACGUCGUGAGACGGAUGAUAAAAGGGAAAGACACACAGAGAGGUUACUGUCGGGAUAUCGAGCUGACAGCUUGCGUCCAAGUAAUUGGGACCAAGCAGGUGCUGACCAACAUCAAGAGCGAGGACCUGACACCGCUGGAAGAAUUCGGGACAGAUAUCGCAGUCUGUAUGGACUCCUGGGUCGGUGGUAUCAGAAUGGUCCAUUUUAAGCUCUGGUUGGCGACUCCAGAUGGUUCCCAGUGUGUGAUUAAUGAAAUGGACGCUCAGGGACUGGCACACUUUGAAGAAAAACGCGAUCAUGAUAACGAUUUUCCUCACUCGUCGGAGUUCUAUCCGGGACAGUGUCUCUGGGGGCCGAUACAGUGUCUCGAGGACGCUGAGUGGAUUCAAUGCUCGAAGGAGAUGCUGUCGAAACGUAAAUUCAAGCCGCAGAAAAAGACCAAGAUAAUUGUGCAGGAAGUGAAGGCCGACUGGGUCGGCGUACACUGGCAGUGUCGCGCAUACUCAAAAGACGGAGCUUGGUCGGAUCAGGCCCAACCAAAGUUUCUUGUCGAGGGAGCCGACUUGAAGAAGCUCAAGCUGCUCAAUGUCUUUGAGCCUUCGACUCUCCAGGUGGGGGACCGGGACUUUUACAUCUACAAGGGCACCGAGAAUGUGAUAACGAGGGAGCAGUGGCGCAAACAGCAGCGCGAGCUCUUUCAAGUCCCCAAGCCCAGUCCGAGAAGAUCCCGAGCUAAAGUUGAGGACAAGAUUAAAAAAGAUUUAGAUAAUAGGAAGGAUUCGCGGGAUCCAAGUGUACAAAACGGUAACAAUUUGAUGCCUCCCAAUCAGAACCACGCGGGCAAUACUGAAAGCUCUGAUGACUGGGACACUGAGGACACCGGAAGUCAAAGCGAUACUCUGUCAAUGUCCAGUGGAGCUUCCAGUCUUUCUUCGAUGGGCAAAAAGAAAAAGGGACCGGCUCUGAUGACCAAAGUGUUGAAGAAAAAAAAACUUGUAAAAGCCAAAAGGAAAAUUCCACCGGCUCCUUUGGUCCCCGGGUCGUCAAUCGUCGUGGAGACGCUCUCGACCAACACCAAGGCCAACGUUGUAUGGCAAGACGGCUCCGUCGAACUGGGGAUACCUUCCACUCAACUUUACCCCAUUCAUCAUCUAGACGACAAGGAAUUUUUUCCCGGAGACUUUGUGGUCGAUCAGAAAGAAGAGUCGCGCAUGUACGGAGUGGUCCAGAGUGUAGAUCAUCAAGGGAGGACAGCUAAAAUAAAGUGGUUCCGCACUUACACCUCCAGUCAAUCUCCACAGCCGACUCUGCUUGACGAACGAGAAGUUUCGGUCUACGAUUUGAAAGAUCACCCGGACUUCCAGUACCGCCCGGGGACGUUGGUGAUACGAAUUGCCAAUUUUGAGGGUGAGGAUGCUGGUUGUACUGCUGGACAGGUGCUCGAUAAUUAUCCGGAGGGUUCCGUUAAAGUUUGGUGGGUCGACGGACACGUCAGCAUGUGCUGGCCUCAGGAUUUGUACAAAGUAGGAGAGUACGACAGCGACGAACGCGAGCUCUGGGACGAAGUCUCAUCAGACGCUUCCUGGGAAACGGAGCUGGAAGAUUGUUUUAUUGCCGACAAUGACGGAAGUGAGCAAACGGAAAAUAUAAAACCAAAGCUGGCUGCUCAUAUCGAGAAAGCCAGGAUCGCGAUGUCCAGGUUGGAAGAAAUUUUUACCCAGAAUCCAGCGUUGCAGACUACUGAAGUGAUGCGAAAACUCCUAGAAGUUUAUAAAGACUGCCGUUACAUGGACAAAUUAAUGGGAACUUGUUUCUUUCAUGAGAGCAAUUUCCAGGGUCUGCUUGAGCGCGUGAGAGAACGCGGACGCGCCAAUGUUGCUCAAAGGAUGGCUGAUCAGGUCACCAGGUUGUUUACUCACCAAUCAGGCGGGUCAGAGUCUGAGGACGGUGACAAUAUUGAGAACACUGCGGGCGCACUGGAAAAAAUAGCGACGACGAUACGCGACGUCGAAGCUUGCGCUGGAAAUCCAACGAAUCCUCAUCCAACAGAGGACUCGGGACUCUUUUCAGCAGAACACUCCAAGAAGGGCUCCGGGUCCAGUGAAUCCAGUGGAGAGUUUCCUCUUGAUGAUCGCUCACCCGCACCGGAUGUCAGUCUAGAGGAAAACGGACAGAGGACCCGCGAAACAUUUUCCAAUUCUCACAUUGCCAACUCCCAUGUCUGCGUUAAAUUGUGUACGUUAAUAAAAGCUCAGUUGCUGUUAGCUCAUGCCGAAGUGUCAAAGCGAUUUGGUCUAGGUCGUAUGUCACUGUCCGACGCAGCCAAAAACGGUUCGCCCCAGAAAGAACUCAAGGAAGAGGACAAGGGAGAAAAAGAUCAGCAGAUUGAAACUAUUGCUCUGGACUCGUCAUCGUCGGACAUUGAAAUACCACCGCCGGUUUAUUCCGACGGCGAGGGAUUCACGAUAGAGGAAAACGCACCAGACAGUCAUAAAUUUAAGCUGACAAUGUUCCAGCCAACAGAUCCAGCAAACUUUUUCCGCACUGUCUCCAAGGAACUUAAGCUCCUGCGCAGUUCACUGCCACCGGGGAUCUGGGUCAAAGGUUUUGAAGACCGGAUAGAUUUGUACAGCGUCAUGUUCCGAGGCCCUGAAAAAACUCCUUACGAGGACGGUUUGUUUUUAUUUGACUUCCAGCUGUCCGCGGACUACCCAACAGCGCCGCCGCUUUGCCACUACAUCUCUUACUGCAGCGACCGUCUGAACCCGAACCUCUACGAGGACGGAAAAGUCUGCGUGAGUCUGCUAGGCACUUGGGCCGGCCGUGGAACAGAAGUCUGGACCAGUGCCUCGACUCUCCUCCAGGUGAUUGUGUCUAUUCAGGGCCUGAUUCUGGUCUCCGAGCCGUACUUCAAUGAGGCCGGGUUCGAAAAACAAAAGGGCUCGCAGCAGGGUCGCGAGAACUCGAGGAUGUACAAUGAGAUGGUGGUGCUCAAGCUCGUUCAGGCUCAAACAAAAUUACUCCAGCAUCCGCCCUCGGUUUUUAAAGACGCGAUUAUUGAACAUUUUCAAAAGAAUGCUGAGAAAUUGCUACAGAGACUCGAUACCUGGAUGGAAAUUUCAGAGCAGCACAAUAAUCAGCAUCCGUUGUCGCCACUUACUCCCAACAGCUUUAAAGACUUUACAAAAAUAGAUGAAAAAAUUCUACCAGAAUUUCCACUGGUGCCAGCGUCGAAGGGAUUCUGCAUAACGUUAAGAAAAACCUUAGCGACAUUCAAACAGGUGUUAAUUAAAGAAGGAAUACUCCGCAACAUAAAAUUACCGUCAACGGAAAGUACUCAUGAGAGUAACAGCAAGUCGUCGGCGGACUCCAAGAGCGAUACCAAAGACACGAUAAAUAAUUUUAUUACCACCGAGUACGUCAGCAUGAGCGAAACGAAAACGGAUGUCGCGGACAAAAACUCCAGCUAGCCACAAGGUAACUUCGAUUAUUUAGAAUACAAAAAUUACGCGGCUAUUCGGUAAUAAUUAACCGAGUGAACAAUAAUAAUAAAUAAAUAAAUUAACAAUAAAAUAAAUAAUAAAAAAAAUGAGAGAGCUAAAGUAUUAGAUAUUUUUAAAAUUCACUCGAGUGAAUUAUUUGAAUAAUUAGAAAAAAAAAAUAAUCUCUCUUUUUUUAUUAUUCAAAUCUCAAUAACUAAACCGUUGACUUUUAUUCUGGAGGUUUAAAAUUAAUCAGCACACUUUAGUAGAAAUAAUUAAAGUUUGCGCAUUAAAAUAAUUAAUUAAUUUUUUAGCCGUAAAAAAUUUUUAGUCAUUAAUAAAUAAAAUCGCAAAGCUUAUUAGUGAUAAUUAGUCAUGAAAUUGAUAAAUAUUUAAAAUACAUAUAUAUAUAUAUAUAUAUAUAUGUGUAAUGAUACAAAUAAAUUUAUUAUAGAAACACAAAUAAUAAUAAUAAUAAUGAUAAUAAAAUUUUAGCAAUACGUUGGAGGCCCGCGGGCGCAAUCUUGGUGAUAAAAUUUUAAAUAAAAAAUACUGAUAAAUAAAAAAUGCAAUAAAUUAUUUGAUAUUUAAUCGGCUCAUGUCUUUAUAUGAAUCUAUUUACAGUUUUAUUUAUUAUUAUUGUUAUUAUUCAUUUAAUUAAUUUUUUUUUAAAUAUUUAUUGUAACUGCUGUAAAAAAUAUGCGGAGUGAGAGCGGAGUAAAUACCGAGCGGAUGGGUUUUUUUAUUUAAUCCUCUCGGAGUUGACUCACUUUUAAAAAGAGUUUAUUUUAAUAUUAAAACUCUGAUUGGAGGGAAUGUGGAUUUAAAUAAAAUUCAGAUCACUCUGAAAUCACUUCGAGGAAAAAACAAACUCUCUAUCUGUAUGCGGAUUUAUUUUUUUUAAAAACUCCGAAACUCUGAAUGACGGAGUAAAUUUUUGUAAAAAUUCCAAAACUCUGAGUGACGGAGUCAAUUUUUGUAUAAAUUCCAAAACUCUGAGUGACGGAGUCAAUUUUUGUAUAAAAUUCCAAAAUUCGAAGUAACGGAGUAAAUUUAAAAAAAAAUUCCAAAACUGAGUGACGGAGUAAAUUUUUAUAAAAAUUCCAAAACUCUGACUGAUGGAGAAAAUUUUUGUAAAAAUUCCAAAACUUUGAGCGACGGAGUAAAUUUUUGUAUAAAUUCCAAAAUUCUGAGUGACGGAGUAAAUUUUUAUAAAAAUUCCAAAACUCUGAGUGACGGAGUAAAUUUUUAUAAAAAUUCCAAAACUCUGACUGUUUGAGAAAAUUUUUGUAAAAAUUUCAAAACUCCGAGUAAUUGAGUAAAUUUUUGUAUAAACUCCGAAAUUCUGAGUGAUUAAGGAAAUUCUUGUAAAAAUUUCUAAACUCUGAGUGAUGGAGUAAAUUUUUAUAAAAACUUUGAAACUCUGAGUGAUUAAGGAACUUUUUUUUUAAAACUCCGAAACUCUAAGUGACGGAAUAAAUUUAAAUAAAAUCCGUAAUGACUCCGAAUUGACUCCUGAUUUUUUACAGUCUGAUAAACUGAUAAUUGUAAUAAUUGAGAAGGUAAAAUAUGUAACACCGUAAAUACACCGAAGUAAUUAGAUGCCAUCCAAUUGUCAAAUACGAAUAAUGAAUAUUGAGAAUAUAAUAAUAAUAAUAAUUAUUUAUGUAUCGAUAAAAUAAAUGAAUACUGUGGAGUGUCAUAGAGUGAUUAGCGCAUAGCUUUAGACUGUAAUUAUAAAAGUAUUAAUUAAUAUUAAUUAAUUUAUUUAUUAAUUACGCGAGUAUACGUAAAUAUAUUUGUAAAGAAUUUCGAAAAAAAUUAAUAAGCAACCAAAGACGAAGAAAAUAAAUUAAUAGUAGAUAUUAACAAAAAAAAGGAUUUGCAAAUAUGUCUAGUGAGUAUUAAAGUCAACGGAUGGUUUGUUAUUUUGUUUGAUUAAUAAUUAAGCUGAUGCUUUUUCGUCACAAUUAACCGGAAGAUAACCGCCGACAAAUUUCAGUAUUUUUAGUUUACUAAUUAAAUUAUUUAAAUUAAACCGGUAAUUUUACUGGGUUCAAUAUUCAAAUUUAAAUCGUCUGUGCAUUUUAAAUUUUAAAAUGUUAAUUAAUUUAAAUACUCAGUAUUAUUUGUUAAUUAAAAAUUUUUUUUAAUUUAUAUGCACAAUAAUUAAUAUUUAUUUAUAAAAAUAUAUAAGAAUGUGGUGCUGAGUAGAAAAUAAUAUGAAACAAUGCUGCUUAUUUAAUUACUGGGGUAAAUUACCCCCAGUUCUUGUUUUUUUUUUACAAAUUUAUAUACCGCAAAUUAAAAUUUUUUUUGGGUUUACGAGAAAUGAAUUUUUAUUUAAAUUCAAAUUAUUAAAAUAAAAUAAUUAUGUUACAAAAAUAUAAUUCGAGGCUGGUUAUUGCACAGAAAAAAAAUAUUUCUUGGCAAAAAAAAUUUUACUCACCCCAAGAAAAUUUCCUGUUGUCCUAAUAAAUUUUUUGCAUCGUGAAUUGAGAACGAAAAUUUUCUUGGGUUGAUAAAAAAAUUUUCGUGAGCCAAGAAAUUUUUUUCUGUGAGUAAUUAAGUCCUGGAAUUAUUAUCGUUCAUUUAAAAAAAUUAUUUAAGUUAAGGACUGAUGGAAUGUGAUUUAUUGGGAUGCCUUGUACACUCUGUGCCAGCUAUUUAUACUUAUAUUAUAUUUAAAACUGUUGAAUUUAUUACAACCGCUCUAUUUUAUCGCUAUUAUUUCAUUUCGCAAAUUAUAUUGAUAAUAAAUAACGAUCCUGAAGUUAGCAGACAAUUAAAAAUUUUUUGAUUUAUUUUUAACAAUUAAAUUUGAAGAAAAAGAACAAACUAAAAUUAUGCACAUGUAGAAAAUUUAAAAGACUUUGUGCAAUUUUUUAAAUAUUUUUUUUUUUUAUAAUUUCUCUUCAAAGAAUCCAAAAAUUAUUAGACGUCGGCUGACUUCAGUAUCGUGAUAAAUAAUAAUAAUAAAUGAAUUAAUUAAAUAAACAAUGCAAUUGAAAACUAAGAAAGUUAAGAAUAAUAAAAACUAAUCAAUGCUCCGUUAAUGCUUUAUUUAAUAAAUUUAUAUAAAUAUAUAUACAUAUAUAAAUAUAUAAAUAAUUAAACAGGAUUGAUUAGACUGUAAUCCCGUUCCUCAGUUGAAUAAAAAUCGUUUGACGAUAAAAAAC